GUCCGGCGGGCGCUCGCGCCUCGGUCCUAACGGCCAGGGUCCGGCGGGCGCUCGCGCCUCGGUCCUAACGGCCAGGGUCCGGCGGGCGCUCGCGCGCUUGGCGGCUGCGUGGCUGCAUCGCUCACUUUGUAGCUUGGUUUUUACUUUGAAAGGCCUUGGCUAAUAAAUCUCGCAGGCUUACUUUAAAAAUCCCUUCCUACUGUAAAAUAUUUGAAUUUUUAGGAUGUAAGAUCUUGUGCAGCGGUUAUUCUUGCAGCGUGCAGCUUAGAGAAUUGCUAUUCUCCUUGGAAAGUUUAAAACAUAAGUAACUUAGCAUAGACUUUUAGGGAUUUGUCUACUGCUUCCUAAAUAGGUGUUGAGUCACCAAGCAGUUUGGACUUAACAAAAUUCUAUGCAAAUGUUUGGUAAAUACUGCGAGCACAGAUAAAACAACAACUCGUGGAAUAUAAAUCGAUGGUUGAUGCAAAUGAAGAAAAAACUCCAGAACAAAUCAUGCAAGAAAACCAAAUUGAGGAUAAAAUCGAAGAACUGGAGAAUGAAAUUGAAGAGGUAAAAAUUGCUUAUGAAAUGAAAAGUAUUGCAUUAAACAGGAUACAACGUUCAACUGCACUUCAAAAUAACCUGGAAAAAAUUGAUGCCAAGAAUAGUGAAUUCAUGGAUAAUAUGAAACAAAUAUUAAAGCUAAAUAAACUAAUAAUAAGAUCACAGAAGGAAUCUCGAAGUUUAGAGAGAAAACGGCUUGAGAUCAGAAAGAAGAGAUUGGAUUUAAAAAAAGCUUCAGAAAGUAAGCUUUUAGAAAUACAGACUGAAAAGAACAAACAGAAAGAAGAUUUGGACAGUAUGGAAAAUUCAGACAAGAUAAAGACCAUACGACAAAACCUACAGAUGGAGAUAAACGUAACUACAGUCAUUCAACACGUGUUCCAGCCGCUUCCUGACCUUAGCCAGCCGUGUUAUCUUUUAUUAGGCCCGAGUGAUGGGCGUAAAAGCAGCAUUCUUUCCCAGAGUGGCUCACAGCCCACCACAUCAGUCCCAGAAGUCCAAGAGGUGCAGAGGGAUGACGAUCCGUCUUCAGAGCCACCCCUGCUGACGUGGAGCAACGAGGCACUCUGCGCUGCCACGGGGCGAUGUCUUAAGCCGCUGUCUCCUGGGUGGGGAGCCGAGCACAUUCCUGUAGUAGCAUUUGGUUGACCGCCUGGUUGCCAAAGGCCUUGGUUUGCUCCAUUACCAGCUGUAAACACUUAAACAGACACUGUAGUAUAGAGACAGGGUGAGAAUAAAGCAGCUUCCAGCAAAACUGGGAGAAAAGCCACUCAUUAGUGUGGGAGAGGAUUACCAGUACACACAUGUUGGGAGUAUAAACGGCGAUCUACUACCGAGAACAAAGAAUUUACAGAAAUCCUCAGCGUUUAAUUUCUGCUCUACUUUUAUACACAGAAUAAUGACUAGCUAUCUGCAGCAGGUCUUUUAACUUUUUAACUUUGUGCAUUUACUUUUCCCGAACAAGGCGGAGCUGCUGCUGCUACGUGUAACUGAGACAGUAGUUGAUAUUUAAUAGGAAACACUGCUCACAGAACUGUACUCCCUACUAGCCAAAUUUACCUAAUAAUGAAUUAUCCUGAUAAUGGAGAGUAGAUACCAUAUGCACUAAUUAUACAGAUGUUAAAGUCACGGUUUUAAACAAGGUAAUUACAUUUUGAAGUACACUAUUUACAGUAAUACUGUUUAAGAGAUACUACUGCUGCCCCCACAGGAUAUGUACAGAAUGUCUGUGUACCACUGAUUUCAAUAAGCAACAAAAUUACUAAAGAAUGAGACCCAGGAGUGGGCCAGACAGGGUCCAGAACAAUGGGCAGAGUCGCUAUUAGAGGAGUCAAGAAAGGUGUUGUCCAAGUUACAAAUAAGUUUUCUGAUUGAGAGGCAAAGAGAACCUGAUAGAAGGGGCUUGAUAAUAAGCUGGUGGGCUUUAGGCCUUGUAAGUUAAGGGACCUAGACCUAUUUAUCUUUUUACAUAGGGUACAUUUUAAGGGAGGUGUGAACCUCCUUGGGGAAGGCACCCUGUUGACUUCCAUUACCUAGCUGGCCUGGGAGGAGAGCUGGCCAGGUAAAGGCAGGUGGCAUCUCCAACAGGAAAUUUACAGCUCUGCCUGCAAUGUUACUGACCCCACUUGGCCAUUCUUUCAACAGUGGCGGUCACUUUGGAGGCUGGGCGAAGUGAAGGGCUUUUCAGCUUAGAGCCAAUAAGAUCUGUGGCUCUGACCUGAAGUCCUUCAACUCCAGGGCAGGUCCAUUUCCAGUGAUCUAACUCUUGGCUGGCAGAGCUCCCAGGGCUCUUCGUAAGCUGACUUCUGCUGAAGCCCAGGCUUACCACAUGAAAGCCACUGCAGUGGACUGGCCUGUUGGGUCUCCCUGAGGGCAGAUCACUGUACAGAGCUGUCUGUAAUAGGCCCGCCACCCAUCUUUACAUUGUUUCUGAUGCCCAGCUCUCUUUUCCUCCUGGUUUUUGUUAAGUCAGACCAGAGAAUGAAAGUCAAGGGAGUGCUCAGUCCCACCUCUAAUUUUCGUUGCCUAGACUAGAAGUCUAUAGUCAUAGGCAUGUUUCUUAUGAAUAUUUAGCUGGGCUGAGUUACUCUGAUAUCUGAACAUGGUUGACCUUUAACAGAACUGACUUAUGUCCUUACCCAAAUAGCUAUGCAAGGAUACUGCCAGAUUGUCACUACAAAAUUUUACCAGUUACCAGCCAUGCCUAAAAACCUUGCACCACCAGAAGCAAAACAGAUACGUUACUCUGUGUGGUGUUGCCUGGCAGCAGAUUUAAUUUUUUACACUAGUCCUUAAUUUAAGUAAUUAAGUAAUCUCACAGGAAUAAUCAUAUAUGACAAUAGGGUUAAAAAGGUAGGGCAACUCUUCCAUGCACAAACAUUUUAAGAGUAAUAUCAAAUGAAAACUUAGCAAGUAGAUUUAAUUGUUAGACAACAACUUAGGAAAACACUUACCAGAAGGUCCAAUGUCCUUCACAAAUUUUAAGAAUACAUGUACUCGGAAACAUCUCUUAAAUACCCAACAUGGUGUAGCUUGUUUAACCAGCAAAUUUAAACACAAGUAUAUAAAAUGUUUUCAGGUUUUUUUUUUUUUAACAAGUUUACAGAGAUUUAGGUUACCCGAAUUUUUGAUUAACUUUAGCUGUUUAAACUUAUGGGAAACAUUUUGUUACAGAUUACAAUAUAAUCAAGCUCUACAGCAAUAUGGACACUUGAGAUAACUUUCUUGUAUAAAGAACAUUUGGUCCAGCAGAGACAUUAGAAAAACAUACAUAAAUGAUACAGAGGAGUUGAUUUAAAGGCUAACUACAUUUAGAUAGAUGCAUUUAGUUUCACAGCAAACUACAGGGUCACAUACAUCAGAACAAUAAAGCAGUUUCAGUAAUAGCUGUUAAAAUCGUUAACCUUUUUUAUAAAUCACCAAUUGAUUUGAAUUACUUUCUGAUCUUAGUAACCUCAGUUAUCUAUACUUUUUUUCCAGUUGGUACCUGUAAUACAUUAUUGGCUUUAUCAGUUUACAGAGUCAUCCCAAAGUACUGAAUACAAUAGAUGUAGCUGGGGCCGGCGCCACGGCUCACUAGGCUAAUCCUCCACCUUGCAGCACUGGCACACAGGGUUCUAGUACCAGUCAGGGCACUGGAUUCUUUCCCGGUUGCCCCUCUUCCAGGCCAGCUCUCUGCUGUGGCCAGGGAGUACAGUGGAGGAUGGCCCAAGUGCUUGGGCCCUGCACCCCAUGGGAGACCAGGAGAAGCACCUGGCUCCUGCCUUCGGAUCAGUGCGGUGCGCCGGCCGCAGCACGCCAGCCGCGGCGGCCAUUGGACAGUGAACCAACGGCAAAAGGAAGACCUUUCUCUCUGUGUCUCUCACUGUCCACUCUGCCUGUCAAAACAAAAACAAAAACAAAACAAAAAUAGAUGUAGCUGGAAAAUGUCCAUUGCAACCUAUAGGAGGACAGUUAAACACAGAAACAACAAUGCUUUAGUUUUAUAAGCAGUAACCAAGAAGAGACACUUGUUUACUUUACAUAGCAUUUUUGAAAGCCCCUGUAGGAUUUUACAAGGCACACUUAACUUUUUUAGACCUCUGGGGCCCCUCCACUAAGAUGACCAUUAUGUUUAGUAACACUAGAUUAUCAGACUUUAUAAUUUUCAGACAUCUGUAUCAAUAACAUUUUAUAUCAUGACAUAAUACAGACCAAAUGUGAUCAUUUUACAGGGUGAUUAUUUAAAGGUUUGAAAAUAAGCACAUAUUUAAAUAACCCAUAGCUGUUAAUAAAAACUCAGUUUUUUUUUCUAAAUGAAUAUCCAUUUUAUUGGAUUUUUUUCCAAUUACAAAUGAAAUUUCAUUUUACAUCUAUAAUUAGAAGCAACACUUACAAUGGAACUGUACAAAUUUAGAUCAAAAUAAAAAUAUAUGUAUUUGUGGCUUCAUAAAACAUCAUUACUGUAUCUUUAAAGAAAGCAGAAGUAACAGCAAUAUAUGUAAAAGUAAUGAUUUAAUGACUAUAAGCAAGACAAAGCAAUAAAUUGUGCUUCUUUUGCAGACUGGGGACAAUGAAAUGUUUAGCUACAAUUUUCCCAUACAAACAUGAAACAAUAUUCAUAUAGAAUAAACACCCUCACAAAUAACUGAUGAGUGGAACACACACCAAGUUCGACCAAAGCAAAACACAAACUGAAAUUUGUUGGGGUUAUCCAUAUUUUAAAUUCGAUAUGCUUGCUCUAUUUAAAAAUACCUGGUAGAAGCUAAUAAACUGCUUCUAUUUCCAGACAUUACAGAGAAGAUAUAUUCCACUGUUAACUGCUAAAGCAACUCUUAAAUUUGAAAUUACUGCUGUAUCACUUAUUAAAAUAAUUUUAGAUAAAAUGUC